AUGUCCCGUCUUUACGAAUACCAGGUUAUCGGCAGAAAGCUGCCUACCGAGUCCGUGCCUGAGCCAAAGUUGUACAGAAUGAGAAUCUUUGCUCCUAACGACGUUGUCGCCAAGUCGAGAUACUGGUACUUCUUGCAAAAACUGCACAAGGUCAAGAAGGCCUCUGGUGAAAUCGUCUCCCUCAACGUCAUCAGCGAGACCCACCCAACCAAGGUCAAGAACUUCGGUAUCUGGAUCAGAUACGACUCCAGAUCUGGAACUCACAACAUGUACAAGGAAUACAGAGACGUUAGCAGAGUCGGUGCUGUCGAGACCAUGUACGCUGACCUUGCUGCCAGACACAGAGCCAGAUUUAGAUCUAUCCACAUCUUGAAGGUUGUCGAGCUUGAGAAGACCGACGAUGUCAAGAGACAGUACAUCAGACAAUUCUUGACCAAGGACCUCAAGUUCCCAUUGCCUCACAGAGUCACCAAGCCUGCCAAGCUUUACUCGGCCAAGCGUCCAACCACUUUCUAUUAG